UUUUAUCUUUCUCUUUUUGUGUUUCUUUUGCAACGACAACCCCCCAAAAAAAAAGCAUGCAUUGAUUCGGACCAACGAAUUGUUGGAGUCUCUCUCUUCCUAUGCUUUCGGAGCGUUGUUCUUCAGAAACGAACCACCACCACCAUCACCCUCACCCUCCUCACAUCUCGCAACAAAGUCGAACAACAACCCCUCCUUCCUUCCAUUCUAUUCUUGCCAAAACACAAACAAACCCUUCCCAAAAAAGAAACUACCGUUUUCCUUCUUCUGCCCCCAUUAUUCCUCUUUCAAAUGCAUUUCUUUCUGGGUUUCUGACCCGCAAUUCUAAUAACACAACCAAAAACGCUUCUCCGGUUUCUCGAAAGCGGUUUUCGCGAACCCGCUUUCGAGAGCCUGGUCCAUAGAUGCAGGAGAUAACACCCCAAACUUACCGUUUUUGGACCUCACUAACUGGUAAAUGGGUUGUGUUAACUCCAAGAAGGCUCGUGCCGGAGAUCCAUCUGCUUCGCCGGCCGACGAUGGCGUAGCAUACGUCAAAUCCUAUUCGCGGAGAGGCAGACUCGCCUCCGGUCGCGUUGGGGCGGUGGUGUCUUCUUCCCCCGCUUCCAGGGGCCGUUCUUCGACAUCCGCGGUGGUUGCCGGUGAGGCUGCGGAGGUCCGGGAAGGAGGUGGUGACGCAAAAGGCGACGAGGCGGUGGCUGCGGAGAAGCUUGAGAAGAAGAGUAGUAAGGAUAUGGUGGUGAGGGAGAAUGGGAAUGGGAAUAAUGGUGGGAGAGGGAGCUCGAGGCAAAUUGGGGCAUUGAAUGCGAGGAUUGGUUUGUCGCAUAGGUUUGUGGAAGCUGAAAGCAUUGCUGCUGGUUGGCCACCGUGGCUCACAUCUGUUGCCGGUGAAGCCAUUCACGGUAUGGUUCCUCUCAAAAGUGAUGCUUUUGAGAAAUUGGACAAGAUUGGACAAGGUACAUACAGCAGUGUUUUCCAAGCACGUGAAGUUCAUAGUGGGAGGAUGGUUGCCCUGAAGAAGGUGCGAUUUGACAAUUUCCAACCGGAGAGUAUUAGGUUCAUGGCAAGAGAGAUUAUAAUCCUCCGUGCACUUGACCAUCCAAACGUCAUGAAAUUGGAGGGCAUAAUCACUUCCCAACUUUCUCACAGCAUCUACCUUGUGUUUGAAUACAUGGAGCAUGAUCUUGCUGGCCUAGUAUCUUCUCCGGACAUCAAGUUCAGUGAAUCACAGAUUAAAUGUUACAUGAGGCAGCUAUUAAGUGGCAUGGAGCAUUGUCACCUUAGAGGUAUUAUGCAUAGAGACAUUAAAGUGUCCAAUAUAUUAGUGAACAAUGAUGGUGUUCUCAAGAUUGGAGACUUUGGAUUAGCAAAUACACUUAGCCCAAACAACAAGAACCCUUUAACAAGUCGUGUGGUGACUCUUUGGUAUCGCGCUCCUGAGCUCUUGAUGGGUUCAACGAAUUAUGGAGUUUCAGUGGAUCUAUGGAGUGUCGGCUGCGUAUUCGCAGAACUUUUCCUGGGAAAGCCAAUCCUUAAGGGAAGAAAUGAGGUUGAACAAUUGCACAGAAUCUUUAAGCUUUGUGGAUCUCCACCAGAAGAGUUCUGGAGAAAGUGUAAGCUUCCUCUUGCAACAAUGUUUAAACCGCAGACUACCUACGAAAGCUCUCUUUGGGAGAGGUGUAAAGGUUUUCCUCCAACUGCUGUAAGCCUAAUUGAGACUUUACUGUCCAUUGAUCCUUCCGAGCGUGGCACUGCCUCCUCUGCACUGAUGUCUGAGUAUUUUAGCACAAAGCCGCAUGCUUGCAGUCCAUCAUUCCUUCCAAAGUAUCCACCAAGCAAAGAAAUGGAUGCUAAAUACCGGGAUGAUGCACAAAGGAAAAAGGCCGGAGUGGCUCGUGAGGCUGCGACGACAGCAAAAAGGCCAAAACGGGUCCAGAAAGUUUUGGAUUGCCCCAACAAUAAUAAUAAAACAGCUACAAAAGAGGAAAUGCAGAACAAUGCUCAAAAUGGUGGUAGAGAUGAUAAAGUAUAUCAGACAAAGGGAAGAAUCGGAGUUGUGCAGCAGAAAGAGAUGCAACAUAAACCAAUGUUUGAUGCUAAGUCAGAGGCUGCCAAAACAAAUGGUUCUCAUGGCUAUAGUGUAUACUCAGGUCCGGCACCAGCCUCGGGAUCUACCGGCUUUACUUGGGCUACUAAGAGGCGAAAAGAUGCUGCUUCAACUUUAUCAGAUGGCUCAAGAAGUAAAAUCAGUGGACUUGAUCCAAACUUCGCCAAAGGAACAUAUGAUUUAGCAAGACAAGGGAUUGAUGUUUCACAAAGAAAUCGUAGUUACACAAACUUUCAAGAUGAAACACAUCAAGAAUCAUUUGAUGGAGCUGAUGAGUACUUGGAUUAUGAUCCCACAGAAAAAGCAGAUUCUAUGAUAAGUACUCAGGGCAACAUUAAUGAAGACUUGCAUUUUGAGAAUGGCAUGAGAAGAGGAGCCAGAAAAUCACGGUUUGGUUGAGAGCCAAGGAUUUAUUUGAUUACAGUGCAGUAAUUUCCCUUUAUUCUUCAAGGGUGCUUUGACUAAAACAACAUUCUGGCCCAUUGCUGGACUGUGUUAUCAGCAUCUGCACCUGAAUUUUUAACUUCUGACUUCACCACACAUUUAUCUCAAGUGUUAAAAAUCCUAAACAGGAUAAUUAGCACUCAAAUAUAUAGGAUUGCACACAGUAACAGAUGUAUAAUGCUCUCUCUUGGAAGAUGGUAUGAUUGAAAAAUAGCUAACUUUUCUAUAAAAUUUUGUUAGCCUUGUACAUGUUUAUCUAUUUUUUUUUCAUUUUUUUAAAAUAUAAAAUCUCUAACCCUCAGCCUUAGUGCACAGAAAUGGGAAGAAAUAAUUUCAUUUGUUUCCCCUCAGUAUUAUUCUUGUGUAUAUCAAAUAGUGCUUGCAAAAUGCAAAGCCUGAAAUUACCUA